UCGUUCAUUUGUUUUCCGCUGUUCGCGAGAUUUAGUAGCGCACCCGACGCCAUCUCACGUCCAUCGGAUCUCUCGGCAUCGUUAUUCGUGGCUACAAGCCUCUAUCCAGGUCCGGUUCUAUUAGUUUUUUUUUUCGCACCCUCUGUGCGUGCGUGUGUGUAAGUGUGUGUAAGUGUGUUCUCUUCACCUCUUUCUUUAUCCGGUCGGUGGUGUGUUUUUGUUGUUGGUCGUUGGUUGGUUGGUUCGGUUCAGUGAAGUUCUGUUCAGUGUGCAGUAGCGAGAGAAGCGAACGGCUGCUGUACCAUCGUCUGCGUGCGUGUCCACUAUAUCCCGCUAUCACACCCGGGUCCCGAGCCCCGAGCUGAGUGCUGUGUGAGGUGUGGUGUUAGGUGUGUGCGAAAGCAGGUACGCAUUGUCGAAGUUCCGUGAAGAUUAUAGAACAUAUAGAACAUUAGACGAUUGUCUGAACCUGUGUGUGAGAGGACAGGAGAGGAAAAGAAAGCCUUUCAAAGUUCGUCAAUUUCGUGGCGGACGCGACCUCAUCACCUUGGGUGAUUAGAGACGAGCGAAGCACGGAAGAUAGCAGAAGGCGUGGUGCGUGUGUGUGUCCAGCUUAAAGCCCCAGGAGAGACGUCCGUAAAGCGUAAAGCGAAGAUCAGCAGAGCAGCGCGAGAAGAUCAUGCAGUGCGGCGUUGAAACCAUGAACGAUUGCGAGCGAUCCCCCGGCCGCACCGGUCUGCGCGUCAACUUCACCGAGAAGGGCGAGGUCAAGGAGCGCCGCGAGAAGUUCCUCACAGCCAAGUACGGUUCGCACCAGAUGAGCCUGAUCCGGAAGCGGCUAGCGGUGGAGAUGUGGCUGUACGACGAGCUGCAGAAACUGUUCGACCCACCCACAGAAGCUAUUGACGUGGACAUCGACGAGAUUCUAGACAUGGACACCGAUGACAUAAGAAGAUCGCAUUUGUUCAGCCUGCUUUCCGCAUGCAAACGACCACCGCAAGACAUAUCGAAAUUCAUUAGCGAUCUUUUGGAUAGGGCCAAAACACUCUGAGCUGGACUGGUCAUUUCAGUUUAAAUGUAGCGUUUAAUUAAUUAAUUUAAUGUAUUAUCAUUUAACGACACCACCACCACCACCCUACCCGUACUGCUGCUGCUGCCGCUGCUGCUACAGCUGCUACCGAGGCACAACAACAAGGACUCCCAACUGGCAGACGAUCCUGUGAUUCCGACAAAACUAAACCAACGGCGGGACGGACGGGGGCUGUUGGUCCGAUUGAUCUAAGCUUUAUUAGCCGUGGGCGCUUUUAGCCCAAGUUGCAUGAUUGGGAGCAUUACUUGCUCAUUAGCAUUGUGUAAGUCAGAGAAUGGAAAAAAACAACCCCCGUCCCCCCCCCCCCUCCGCCAUCCUAGCCUUUCUCCCCCAAAACCCUAUAAUUUGGCACACCGCAACCGAAUUCACCGUUUGGGAAAAUGCGCCAUGCAUUACACCAGACCAGCCGGUGGUGUGAGACAAAAAGUGCACGGAAAAAGUCUUUCGUUUUACAACACGCCAACCCAGCUUAGGAACAAACAAUAGGAGAUAGAGCAAAAAAUAAAACGGUACAGCUUCAUGCGCGCAGCCAAAACAGUUUAGUAGAGAGGGUGGGCGAAAGGAAAACAAAACAAAA